AUGUCACCAACACCAUCACUACUACCCACUCAACUAUCAGACUCAGAAGACAGUUUUGAUGCCUGUCAACUGCCAGAGGAUGAUUUCAAUGCUCAUUGUGCUAACUCAAUGUCACCAACGCCACCACUCACCAUGUCAGCGUCGUCCUCAUCCUCAUCCAUUGAGUCUAUGCCCAUUCGUCGGCAAUCAGCACCACCUUCAAAAACCCUCCAUUUGGCUCAGGCUGCUCCAUGCAUCAUUCCCAUGCAUAUACUGAUAUAUGAUCUGGCCAAGCCACAGCGAAGGUGGCCACAUGGGAUGUACACAAUUGAUAUGGCCAUUGGCUUUCAGCAGAUGGUCAUCACAAAGCUUUGUGGUUUCUAUGGUCAGGAGCAGCUCUUUCAUCUAAUCUUUGGUGAUACCCCAUUUGUCAAGACCACAUAUCAUGAUAAUCACAAGGCAUGGCGCGAGACGGAACUGACCAUCCUUGAGACACACAAGCAAGCCAGACGCACUGAAGAUGGCCUCUGGGCAAACUACCUUGCAGCACGGUGCACUGCCUUGGGUCUGGGCAGCAAGAAGCAUAGUGGGCGGAAGUAA